CCUGCUUCAUUUCUCCCUCUCAAAAUUCAUCAUGCAUGCAUUAAAUUAACCUCUACAAGUUUUACUAAUUAAGCCUUUUUGUACCGCUGUAGGAUGCAGAGCUGAAGGAGCAGAAUAGUGAUUCCAAAAACAAACACUAUAACCUGACUGAGAAGAAAAUGACAUGAGUCACAUUAUUAUUCAUUACUUACUACACAGUAAAAUAUUCCACCAAUACACAACUCUGUUACGUGGUUACCUGAGGCAUUCAACUCUUGGUCCCAUAUUUAAAGCUGGCAAAGGACUUGUAACCACAUUUCAAAGUUUGUGGCUGUGACUCUGAAGUUCUUCAUUUGGACCUGUGGCUUCAGGGAACUCCUAUGGAGAAUCCAGAUAACAAGACACAAGUCGUUCUGCUGGCCUGUGGUUCUUUCAAUCCAAUCACCAACAUGCAUCUGAGGCUGUUUGAACUGGCUAAAGACUACUUGCAUGAAACAGGAAAAUACAACGUAAUCAAAGGAAUCAUUUCCCCAGUGGGUGAUGCAUAUAAGAAGAAAAGUUUGAUCAGCGCCAAUCACCGAGUAACCAUGGCAAAGCUUGCUACAGAAAGCUCAGACUGGGUGCAAGUUGAUGACUGGGAGAGCAGCCAGAAUGAGUGGCUGGAGACACUCAAAGUUCUAAGAUACCAUCAUCAGAAACUUGCAUCUUCUAAUCCUGCUAACAGUCUGCAGAAUGCUGUACCUCUAAUAAAGCCAGGCCGAAAGAGAAAACAGGAAGCAAAUAGAUACAUUCCUGUUAAAAAGAAUCAACUGAGUCCAGAAACAAAAGGUGUCCCACAGCUGAAGCUGCUCUGCGGAGCUGACAUGCUGGAGUCCUUUGGAAUCCCCAACCUGUGGAAGCUGGAAGACAUCACUGAAAUUGUGGCAAACCAUGGCCUUGUCUGCAUAACCAGAGCUGGAAACAAUGCACAGAAAUUUAUCUAUGAAUCUGACACGCUUUGGCAACACAAGAAUAACAUUCACCUGGUUGAAGAGUGGAUCACCAAUGACAUCUCUUCCACCAAGAUCCGGAGAGCACUGAGGAGAGGACAGAGCGUCCGUUACCUGGUCCCUGAUGCAGUCCGGGCUUACAUUGAAAAACACAACCUGUAUAGUCCAGAAAGUGAAGACAGGAAUGCUGAGGUUAUUCUGGCCCCUUUACAGAAAUAUGCUAGGGGGUGUAAGCAGGAACAGACACUGUAAUCUAGCCUGUUAUGCUGUGAAAACCUUAUGCUUUAACGUGGGAAGAUGUUUAAUCUGUUCCAGUAAAUCAGGUCUGAUUCUGUAGCCCUUGUAUGUACAUAAGUACCAUUGAAUUCAAUGGGAGUUUUGUGCGUAUGGGGAUUGAGCUUUUACAGCACAGGCCUUGUCUUUAAAAAAAACAAAACAAAAGUAUGUUUUACCUCAGGUUAACUAACACGCAUGAGCUAUCCUGAGGUAAAGACACAGUGAGGACACGGCAUUUAGUUUUACCAUAAGAUAAACUAGGAAAGAUCAGCUCUGUUGACCUCACCAAGGGUAUGUCUACACUGCCCACAUUACAGCGCAGCCAUGGCAGCGCUGUGACGUGGCCAGUGUAGUCACACUUUAUCACUGGGGGAGAGCUCUCCUGGCGAUAUUAAAAAAAGAAAAAAAACCCACCCUGAAUGAGUGGUGGUAGUUUUAUCACCCAAAGCGCAUCUCCCGGCGAUAAAGUGCUGUCUAUACUGGCGCUUUUCAGCGCUAAAACUUUUGUUGCUCAGGAGGGUGUUUUUUCACACCCCUGAACAACUAAAGUUUUAGCACUGAAAGUGGCAGUGUAGACACAGCCCAAGUCUACCUCACAGUACAGCUAAUAUGUCUACACAGCUGACAUUAAAGUGCUGCUGCAGCAGCGCUUUAAUGUGGUUGUGUAGUCGUGGCUGCAGCGCUGGGAGAGAGCUUUCCCAGCGCUGUAAUAAAACCACCUCCGCAACGGGAAUAGCUCCCAGCACUGUAGCACUGUCUACACUGCCACUUUACAAUGCUGAAACUUGCAUUGCUCAGGGGUGUGUUUUUUCACACCCCCGAGCAAAGAAAGUUUCAGCGCUGUAAGUGGCAGUGUAGACAAGGCCUAAAGUAACUUGUCUUCACAGUGUUUUUACCUCAAGGAUAGCUGACACUCAUUCAUUAUCCUGAAAUCUAAGAAUAGACAUUUUUUAGCAGUGAAGACAAGGCCUUAGGAACUGGAUUCCUCCACUGUCCUUUACCUUGUCAUUUACAGCUGUGCAAAUUGAGAGUAAAGUGGGUGCAAAAUGCUGCCACUCAGCUGUGCUGCUGUUUUACACUCUCUUUGCACAUGAACAGCAACAAAAGAUGCUAGACAGUGGAGGAGCAGGCCCUACAAUUAUGCAUCAAGUGCUACAGUUUGAUACCUAAAACUUAGCAUAAUAAAAAUGAAACAAAAUGGGUUUUAUAAACUCUGAUGUUACAGAUAUCCUUGACUAAAACUUUAUUCGUUCAGGGGUGUGCCACUGUAAGUUCUCUAGUGUAGCUGCUCUAAGCUGACGGGAGAGAGUUCUUCCAUCGGGCUUAAUUACUCUAGCCCCCACGAGCAGCCAUAGCUUUCCCAUUGACAUAGCAUUAUCCACACCGGUGCUUAAGUCGGCGUAAGUUAUGUCACUCAAGGGGUAGCUAAUUCAGACCCCCGAGUGACAUAAUUUAUGUCAGCUUAAGCUGUAGUGUACCUAUAGGCCAGGCACUAGUGCAUUAGAACCAGAAAGUGAAAUUGACUAGAAACAGAAAGCAAAAUUGACCUGUUUAGUUUCCCUGUUCAAACUGUAAACUGAUAAACAACACAAAUGUUUUGAACACUUCAUUGUGUUAUAACAAAAGACAAGGUCAUUUCAAGGCAAAGUUACACUUUCUUCCACUGUCGUGUUUUAACUGAAAGCCUGGGAAUGUCUGCUCAUGAAAAAGGAAAAAAAAAAAAUUGUUACAGUUCUUCUCCUAUCACUGAUGCAUAGUAACUAGCAUACUCCAAAAUCUGGAGUAUAUAAUAGUCUGAUUCAUUUUAAAUGAAUGGUUUAAUGGCUAAACGUUAAGAAGAGUGUCAUUGUGAUUCUUACUAAUUUGGGCCCUUUCUUUGGAAAGAGGAGGACAUUUGAUUUCUGAGCCAGAAUUUUUGUAACUGGAAGGGUGGAAGAAUAAGGAGAGACUAGGGCUCCAAUGUAAUCUACACAUGUCAUUUUUCUUUCCUAGAAGUCUGGUUCUGAAGUGAGCAUAGCAAAUUGGGUGUGUAAGUUAGAACAACACUAUAAAUGUCAUGCUGGUGAAUUCUACACUCCUCUCUCUCCAUUGUGUGUGUGAAUUAAGUGCCUUAUCAAAAGUUCCAGGGCUUGAGGAGCUAUUAUUCAGAUAGUAUGAGAAAACUGUUGAACUGCAUCCUCCACAACAAGAGGUCUGUCAUACUGACCAGAUCAGAUAUGCUAUCAGAACAUGAGAUUCUCAGUGCUCUGGACAAGGUGAGCAAUGCAUGGCAUCUCCACAUGUACACAAAAAUGCUGGAAUUAAUUUAUGCUUUAGAUUAGAGCCUCUGUGUGCUGCUGCUAGUUCCAGUUUGCAACCAUUGGUUUCUUCAGAGCAUCUAUACUGUAUUUAUAAAAAAUAUUUGUGAUAAGGUGAGCACAUUACCUUAAAGUGCACUUCUAACUUUGAAAAGUGACUGAAAUUGGCACUAAGAGGUUCCAUGUUUAUUUCUUCUCAGUGAUUUCCAGAUCAAAUGUGAUCUGUUUAUAAUUAAAAAUGUUUUUUCUCACUGGCAGCUAUGCAAACUCACCUUGGACUUUGACAGUCAAGCUAGGUUCUUUCUAUCUCACGCAUCAUCAUAGGUAAUAAAGAUACUGUAGGCCAAAUCAGUGACAUCUGGGCAGUCCCACUGCCUUAACUGGGCUAACAGAUUGGAACUUUAGUAAACAAUUCUACUGAUAAUGCCCAGGAAAGAACAGAAUUCCUCUCUCUCCUUUAGCUAUGUUGGUUCUGCAGGGCUGACAGGAAUAAAAAGCAAUAAAGAUUUAUUUUAGUCAUUAAAGUCAUCUGAUGUGACCCUAAAUACACAAGCAGAACAGAUCUUUUCUGUGAGAGAGUGCUGUUUAUAUAGUUACUUUUCAGAGUAAAAUUGCACUUUAAGUCUGAGAUUUACUUUGUAAAUCAUGAUGCUGGUGUGUUUUGUUAUACUUGAUUUAUAUAAUUCAAGAGACGCAUUGUGCACUAAACAGAAUGUUCUAUAGUGGCCUGGUCUACAUAUGUUAUAUUUUGCUGGUCUUUCAUGCAGUUAUGUGUAAUAGGUGUUUCAAUAAAAAUUUUGGUGAUAA